AUGGAUUCCCCUGUUCGGGAAAGUGAGCCCAUGGCUCUCGAUGAUCAAUCGCGGUCUCGAUCACGAACCCCCCACUCUCGUCGUACGCGAUCGCCUUCGCAAUCGGUGGACCGCCGCCGUUCCGACGACCGGGACGACCGCUCACCCGGGCGCAACGGCCGAUACAGAAGUCGCAGCCGCGGACGCACUCUCAGCCGCACCCCGAGCCGCAGCCGCAGCCGCAGUCGCAGUCGCACUCGGAGUCGCACCCGCUCUCGCAGCGAUUCGCGCGGCCGGAGCUAUAGCCGGGAAGACGAUCGCUCGCGCAGUCGGACUCGCAGCCUCACUCCUCCCGCCAAGUCUACCAAGAUUGUUGUCGAGCGCCUGACGAAAAACGUGAACGAGGACCACCUUUACGAGAUAUUCGGGCAGUAUGGUGAGAUUGACGACUUGGAUCUUCCCAUCCAGAGGACAUCCGGAUUGAACCGCGGAACGGCCUAUAUCCUCUACUUCACCGAAACCGACGCCCAGGCCGCCAUCACACACAUGCACGAAGCGCAACUCGACGGCAACAUCAUCCACGUCUCGAUCGUCCUUCCCCGACGCAAAGUUUCCCCUGCUCCUCCCCAGGCCCGUCGCGGUCCCCGUGGGCCCCCGGCCAACGUGAGGUCCGUCCUUGGCCCAUCUGGCGGCGGCAGCGGCGGUGCCCAGGGCGGUGGUCGUGGCAGACGAUCACCUGGCGGUGGUGGUGGUGGUGGUGGACGCCGCGGUAAUCGGUCCGACGUCUAUCGUCCGCGGUCUGCCUCUCGUUCUCGAUCGCCGGCUGUGAGCGGUUCGCGCAGGUACAGAUCCCGGUCUCGGUCGGCGUCCUAUUCGUCACGGUCCCGAUCUCGUUCACCUGCUGGGCGUGGCGGUGGAGGCCGCAGGGGCGGUCGUAACCAUGGAAGGCGCCGGAGCGCCAGCCGUGAUAGCUACGAUAGUUACGACCGACGCAGCAGGAGCCGGAGCCGCAGUUAA